AGCUGCCGCGCGCCUCACCAGGGCGCCCCGCCGCCCGCUGCGACCGCGCCCGGGAGGAGCCGAGGCCCCGAGCGGCCGAGGGAGAGCGGAGGAGGCCGGCCCGCAGCGCCCCGGGGCCCGCGACCUCCCGAGAGGGGGCUCAGGAGGAGCGGCGGGAGGCGACGGAGGGAGGCCCCGCGCGAAGAUGCCGCCGCACUGGGCCCUGGCGCUCCCGCUGCUCUUCCCCUGGGUGGCAGGUGGAUUAGGGAACGCGGCCAGUCCAAAGGAUCAUGGGCUGUCCCCGUCGGCGCUGCAGCCCGGGGUCUGUCGCUACGGGACCAAGCUGGCCUGCUGCUAUGGCUGGAGAAGGAACAGCAAGGAAGUCUGUGAAGCUACGUGUGAACGUGGGUGCAAGUUCGGUGAGUGCGUGGGACCAAACAAAUGUAGAUGCUUCCCAGGAUACACCGGGAAAACCUGCAGUCAAGAUGUGAACGAGUGUGGAGUAAAGCCCCGGCCAUGCCAACACCGAUGUGUGAAUACGCACGGCAGCUACAAGUGCUUUUGCCUCAGCGGCCACACGCUCAUGCCAGACGCCACAUGUGCGAACUCCAGGACGUGUGCCAUGGUGAGCUGCCAGUAUGCCUGUGAGGACACGGAGGAGGGGCCGCGCUGCCUGUGUCCGUCCCUGGGCCUCCGCCUGGCCCCCAAUGGAAGAGUUUGUACAGACAUUGACGAGUGUGCCUCCGGUAAGGCCGUGUGCCCUUACAAUCGAAGAUGUGUGAACACAUUCGGAAGCUACUACUGCAAAUGUCAUGUUGGUUUCGAACUGAAAUACACCAGGGGCCGGUAUGACUGUGUAGAUAUAAACGAGUGCGCCGUGAAUAGCCAUAUGUGCAGCCUCUACGCCAAUUGCCUCAAUACCCAAGGGUCCUUCAAGUGUAAAUGCAAGCAGGGGUAUAAAGGCAAUGGACUUCAGUGUUCUGUUAUCCCUGAAAAUUCUGUGAAGGAAGUCCUCAGAGCACCUGGUACCAUCAAAGACAGAAUCAAGAAAUUGCUAGCUCACAAAAACAGCAUGAAAAAGAAGGCAAAAAUUAAAAAUGUCAUCACAGAACCUUCUGGAACUCCUGCCCCUAAGGUUAACUUGCGACCCCUCAACUCUGAAGAGACUGAUUCCAGAGCUAGGAACUCUAAUGGAGGAAAAAAACAGAAGGAAGGGAGAAAGAAAGAGGGGCUUGAGGACGAGAAAAAAAAUGAGAAAGCCCUGAAGAACCACAUAGAAUGGGAGCAAAGCCUUCGAGGAGAUGUGUUCUCCCCUAAGGUGAAUGAAGCAGGUGGAUUGGGUCCGGUUCUGGUCCAUGGAAAACUUACAUCCAGACUCGAACACAAAGCAGAUUUAAAUAUCUCAGUUGACUGCAGCUUUGACCAUGGGGUUUGUGACUGGAAACAGGAUGUAGAGGAUGACUUUGACUGGAAUCCUGCUGACCGAGAUAAUGCUGUUGGCUACUAUAUGGCAGUUCCGGCCGUGGCGGGCCGGAGGGAUAUCGGCCGCUUGCAACUCCUCCUCCGAGACCUGCAGCCCCAAAGCAUCUUCUGUUUGCUCUUCGAUUACCGGCUGGCCGGAGAAAAAGUCGGGAAGCUUCGAGUGUUUGUGAAAAACAGUAACAAUAUCCUGGCCUGGGAGGAGAGUGGAAGUGAGGACGAGAGGUGGAAGACUGGGACAGUUCCGUUGUAUCAAGGGAUCGGCACUACCAAGAGUAUCAUUUUUGAAGCAGAACGUGGCAAGGGCAAACGCGGAGAAAUUGCAGUGGACGGCGUUGUGCUGCUCUCAGGCUUGUGUCCAGAUGACCUUUUAUCUGCGACUGGCUGAAUGUUACUCUGGUCUUCUGUGUCUUUAUGUUUGGCUUCUUAAUGUCCGUUCUCUGUUUUCUGAUACAACAUCAUAGAUCGCCCCACUGUAGAAAUAACAAAAUGAAAAAUCAUAACCUACCAACAGAAACAUUAUUGUAAGAUGUCUUUCUUGUGGAAGAUAUGCCAAUAGGUGCCUUUCAGUGUAGUAGCACUCAUUCAUUUCUGAAUUUAUAAAAUGUGGAAGUGUGGAAAAAGCUCAGCUUUCCUCCCCUCUCUCCCCAGCACCCCAUCCUCCAGUGUAUCUGAUUUGUCUCCAUGAAUUGAUGGACCUCUAUAAAACAUUUUUAGAAUUAUAAAAAAAAAAAAAAAAAACAAAUACGGGCACCUGGGUGACUUAGUCGUUAAGCCGUUAAGCCGAAGUGAUCUUCAGCUCAGGUCAUGAUCCCGGGGUCCUGGGAUCAAGCCCAGCAUUGGGCUCCCUGCUCAGCAGGAAGCCUUCUCCCUCUCCCACUCCCCCUGCUUAUGUUCCCUCUGUUGCUGACUC